AUGGAAUAUUCAUCAGUUCAAUUCAAUGAUUUACCUGAUGAAAUUAUUUUUAUUAUUUUCAAAAAGUUAAAUAAACUUGAUGUUCUGUACUCUUUCAUAAAUGUUAAUACACGAUUCAAUAACAUUGUACAUGAUCCCACUUUUACUAGUGGUUUAACAUUAUUCAAUUAUCUAUCAUAUGAUUAUAUUUAUCCAUUAUCUGAUUUAAUUCUUGAACGAUUUUGUUUACAGAUCUUACCUAAAAUAGCUCGUCAAAUCAAAUGGCUUGAUCUUGAACCAUUAUCUAUGAAACGUAUUUUUCUUUCUGCAAAUUAUCCAAAUUUAUUUAGACUUGGUAUAUAUUACAUUGAAAAACAGGCUGCUUUAAACCUAUUUACUGGUAAAAUAUUUUUAUUGCGAUCCUUUUAA